AUGGCCGAGGAAUCGGCGAUGUCCUCGGCGGAGAGCGGCGUGAGCGGCAUGAGCAGCGUGGGCGGCGCCGAUCCGGCUGCACCAGUGCCGGGGGGAGCCGGGGCAGCACAGGCGGAAAUGAUCACAAAAAAGCUGGCCAAUUAUUGGUGCAUAAUUGGCUCGAUUCCACUGGUGAUGUUUCUGCUCGUUGCCUUGCCGACGAUCUUUUACGUCAAAAAGUUUUCAGAGUAUGUCAACGCCGAUUACUGCGACACCAAGUCCUGCAAAGAGCUGGCCGAUCUGAUCCAAAAGAUGGGCGACACGAGUGACGCCUGCAAAGGUUUCAGCGCUCACGUGUGCAAGGCCAAGACGGACUAUUUCGCUAAGACGGCCGAAAAGAUUUUCACAGAAAUGUCAAAUGCUAACGGGCAGCGGAACACCGUGGAGUGUGAUGGGGCGGGUUGUAGGCCGUUCACUGGCACGCGGGUGGACGAGGAGCGCCUCUGUUUUGGCGGCCGAGAUGCGCAGUCCUAUGCCAUCCAGGAACCCGGCAACGGCCUCUAG